CUUCUCCGCUCCGCCAUUUUGAAUUUUUACGCGAAUGACAUUCAUGAAAAAUGAAAAAUGUGUGAUAAGUGAUAUUUAUUCAAAGAAAUGUAAAAUCGACAGGUUUUUUUUAUCAUGGUGAUUUUGAACUGUGACCGAGGACGAAGUAUUCAUUAUGAAAGAGUGUUAUUAACAGACAGUAUAUGAGAAACCCUACCUAAGCUUUUGAUUCAAACUACGCCAUUAGGAAUAUCAACAUGUAUUUUAUUUUCCUCUCGACUAUUUUCAUAUCCCUUUUUGGAUUAAUAGAUUCCUCGUGCACGUUUCCCAUUGAAAUUACCGGGGAUUGGACCAGUUCCCAUAAAGGAGAAGUAACUUUCUCGGAUAACAAUACUCACGUAUUGAACUAUCCUAUGUACAUGUCUGCCACGGUGAAUGCACUUAACUUCACCUGCGACCAACAAUCAGGGCGGAAAUAUCUACUUAAGUCCACUGGUCCUGUAUCUGCGUUUAACUCCUACAUAGAUGCUUACAUAUGUAUAGAACUUUACAGAGUGUCCGCGUAUAAAUACUAUUACUACCUAGGAACAGAGGAGAGCGGGACAAACAAUGACCACGUGUACGGAAGAGCGCACGGAACAGUCGUGUCUUUAACGGACGCGUGCAACAGAGCGGAGCCGUACGAAGAGAGCACAUUUAUCUCUCUAGUUCAAUCGGGUGCUGUCGAGAGCGGGAUGGCCGAUGCUACAUGCCCCUAUGACCUUUUGGCUACCUACACAGACAUAACUUACACAGAUCACGCCGGAGCAUCAGCGUGUUCCGGAAACUCUGAGAGCGCAUGCACCAACAAAGUUCUGAUGACGUAUACAUAUGAGAGUUGUGCGACCGGAACAGUGUUUUCAGCCAACGGAUCAUUUCACUGUAUUCACUCAUUGACAAGUGAUUCGACAACAUACCUAUCCGUGUGGAAUGAUGACGUCACGGUGGAUGACUCGUCGACAUACAGAUUCACGUGCCUGGCCUUCCAGAAGACGGGGACUACCAUUUAUGCCACAGAAUACCCUCGGUACUGUAAGAACGCAACACAGGACAGCACGACUGUGCCUUCACCGGGAAUCAAAGUGGUGUUUGGUUCUCAGUCUACUACUUGUAACACCACGGUGACAGCUAUAUCAAGCGGCUGGUGGAUUGCUUUGAUCGUAUUACUGGUACUGGUCGUAGUAGGCGGUGUUCUUGUGGGCAUUGUCGUUAUCAAGAAACACAAGAACAAAAUCAACAUGCUUGCUAGCUAUCAAUUCACAUCCAACAUGGAAAUCAAACGCCAAGGGCAGGAUACCCCCAACCCACAAUGAGAGCUCGUCCGAAUAAGUUAGCGAAUAUUUCAAGGUCCACAAAAUACCAUCAGUCCCAUCUACUGGAGAAAAUGGCUACCAUAGCGCUUAUGGCGAGAGGGCGGGGCAGAAACAGAUGUUUCAACAAUGCGGCUAUCUGAACAGAUAUUGGUGGAUAUUGUCAUUGCAUAAUUCGAUAUCGAACAUUUUACAUCCUUAGUAUAGAAUAUCUGAAAAGUGUUACUUUUAUGAAAUUUUCAUACAACUAGGUAUGAAAUAGGUCGGAAAUAUUUCUUGAAUUACUGUGACUUGUUGACAUUGAAUUAAAGUAGUAUUACUUCGGAACAAUUGAUUCAUCAUACUCGGUACAGUGUCCAUUCAAAGCUUACACUUAGGCUUACAUCAAUGAUUCGAUUUGUUUUUAUCUUAUGUGGUAGAGCAAGUGCUCUUUAUUCUUCGCAUUUAGUCAAACUUGUUUAUUAUUUGAUAGUUUUAAAACGAAGAAGGAUAUGAUUCUACUCAAAACUGUCACUUUUCACUAUUGUCAUUUACAAAUUUACCUACUAUAUAGGUUCUUUCUUUUGGAUAUAAAUUAUAUUUAUUUUAACACCAAUUGCAUAACAAAAUGAUAUCGCUCGUGCUGGCCCGGCUGGAGGCGCGUGAGGGGCCUUUGUAAGGGAGGAAACCGGAGUAUCCGGAAAAAAAGCCACGUGGUCGGGCAGAUAACACCUGCUUACGUCCAAUCGGGGAAUCGAACCCCGGCCGACUAUUUGAAAGGCGAGUGUGUUACCACUGCGCCAUCCUAUUUGUUUAUUUCUAUGAUUAUACAAGUGUAAUUCCAUGGAAUUUUACAGAAGUCCUGCAUGCGGAUAUCAUCUUAAAUAUGAAUUUUGAUAAUCAUAUAAUUACUCAUAAAGUUAGUAACAAUAAAAACUAAAAACAUCACCCAAGCCACGCAAGUGUUAAAUUCUUCUUAUUCUCCGCAGUGAUGCCAGGGACCCAAAAAUGCGGAAACAAUGAAGAUAUGCUUGAAAAUUGUAAAUUGGCCAAAACAAAUGUUAAGAUACUAAAACAGAUAUGAUAUAAUAUUCAAAGUUAAUAUAUACUCACACAAAUAAAAUUGAUAUAUAGUGUCUUUAUAAAGAAACACAAAGGCGUGCUGUUCACAUUAGUACAUUUGUAUAUCCCUUUGGUGAAUUUUCAUAUUAAAUCAUUGUGAAUAAGUAUAUCAUAUUUUACUAAAUUAUUUUCAUACCUAAAAAUCUAUUUACGGAGAAUGUUCAUUUCCAUUCGUGAAGAGUUGUUUUAUUUUCUGCAUGGUCCGGUGAAUUUGUUCUCAAAAACAAUUUGAAUAGAAUGAAAAAAAAAUCAGUUUUGUCAAAUAAAGUUAAUUGUACAAUAUCUCGUUAUUAUAUUUUGAUACAUAAUAAAAGAACAUUUCUUUCAAUUUUUUAGUUUUCUUUUUAUGUAUUUUCAAAUAGUCAUUUGCAUACAUCUAAUUAUCAAUAUAUAAUUAUUUCUCAGAUUGCCGCUUUGUAUUUCGAUCAUCUCUGAUAUCAAGUAUGUGUAACUGUUGUUCGACAAACAUGUACAUGCGCAUACUAUAAUUUUGAAUCUUUCAUCUAUUUGUUUUGUUUUUGAUAAAUUAUACACUCGUAUCAUUGUUGUGAAAAGGCUUGGUACAAGUUGUAAAAUUUGUGUACUGUUCCCUCUCUUGGUAACAGCAAUACAUAAUUAAGUCUGAAAUAUAGUAUGUUACAUUUUAUUCACAUUAAAUAUGUUUAGAAUCAA